AUGCCAAUAAAUAACUGUGAAUUGGACGCUGCUCUGCAGUUAGCCCUCCGGGCUGCUCAUGGGGUUGCAUGCACUAUUGAUAAAGCCAUGGAAGAGCGGGACACAACACUACUUGACAUUCAAACCAGGGAAAAUGGGGAGGGUUUGAUUACACAAUAUGAUAAGCAGUGCGAGGAAGAAAUAAUUGCCAUCCUUCGCUUAGGCGCACCGAGUUACGAUAUCAUCAGCGAGGAGCUUCACAGCGACACGGUACUGACGGACGCACCGACGUGGAUGGUGAGCACCAUCAACGGGACUUCUAGCUUUAUCCAUGGCCUUUUCGACUGCUGCGUCUCUAUAGCCCUCGUUGUAGACAAGGAACCUGUCAUCGGCGUUGUUAAUGCUCCGAGACUGCAUGAAGUUUAUUCUGCUAUUCGGGGUCGUGGUGCAUAUCUCAAUGGUCAACGCAUUCGAGUCUCAGAGACGCGUAGCAUUAACCAAUCUGUUGUGUACCUUCACAACCCUUGCGGAGAAGGAGAGGUUGUGGUGAACACCGUAAUUGAGAUGCAGAAGGAAUUUACGAGGAUGCCCGUGCACGCUCUUCGUGUUCAUGGUUCUGUCGCGCUUGACAUGUGCUUCAUUGCCACGGGUCGUGCUGAGCUCUUUCUUAAAGUUGGUGUGCAUCCGUGGGAUGUUGCCGCCGCCACCGUCAUUGUGCGUGAGGCAGGAGGAGUUGUCCACGAUAUUGACAAUUUAAACAUCCUGGAUCUCACAACGUGCACGGUGUGCUGUGCUAACUCGAGCGAGAUCUCUAACAUAGGAGUGGGAGUUGCAGCUAAACAUGGCUACAAAAAAUCGGUGUUAGGAUGCUAG